UUUGAAAGUCUCGCGAUAACCCGACCGCUUCCCAUAAUUCCGUGCACUCGCUCCUUCCAACUUCUUUCCGCCAUCUUUCCUUGCCGCCAUAAUGGUGCGCAUGAAUGUCCUGGCUGAUGCUCUCAAGAGUAUCAACAAUGCCGAAAAGAGAGGCAAACGCCAGGUUCUUAUUAGGCCGUGCUCCAAAGUCAUCGUCAGGUUUCUCACUGUGAUGAUGAAGCAUGGUUACAUUGGCGAAUUUGAAAUCAUCGAUGAUCACAGGGCUGGGAAAAUUGUUGUGAACCUCACAGGCAGGCUAAAUAAGUGUGGAGUGAUCAGCCCCAGGUUUGAUGUGCAACUCAAAGAUCUAGAAAAAUGGCAGAAUAACCUGCUCCCGUCCCGUCAGUUUGGGCUAGGAAGUUUGCUUUCCACUACUGACCCCGAAGAAAGCAAGCUCUGGGAGACCCGAAGUCUGAUUCUUGGCUUUCCAGUCUAAUUCACUGCUUCCCAAAACAGCUGACAAUACCAGUUGUUUCAUCUUUAAUAUAGAGAUAAUCUAAUCCUAAACUCGAAAUCACCCCCACAUAUGUGCCCCACCUCUGAGCCCUUGCUUAUGUCUCACCCCACCUGGAAUGCCUUCUCCUCUUCCCCAGAGGUGUUCCCAAGAUGCAGUUUAAAUGUCACUUCCA